CGGCCGUCUGAUCGGGGGUUGGGAUUCGUGGUGUGCGGGGUAGUUCUCCGUAUGGCCAAGAAGGGUUCCACGAAACCUUCAGUUACGCAAAAGUGGUGGGCACGUUAGAUAUCGGAAAACAUCUCGCUGGUCGAAUACCAUCCAUUUCGUAAAUUUAGUUCAACGAAAAAGAGCUAAGAGACGAGUAGCCACUGCCAAAGGGAUUAUUUUCGACAAAAUCUGAGAGAUGUGAGACCAGAGUGGCCACAAAAAGGUGGUUUUUCCAAAAAAAUUCCCAAAGAACUAAGUGCUGGAGAGGAUAUCGAUGCGGCAUGUCUUCCGUCGUGAUCGUCGAAAAGUCACACUUAACGAGGCACAGAACGCGUCUGACGCGUCGUGCAAAAUGGCCCAUUCAUGUGGGAUUCUUCCUGGUCUACGUCUUCGUGCACCUAGUUUCUUCAUCCACGACUUCACCACCGAAUCCUGCAGCAGGGAAAUCAAUAGAAACGUCUUCUUCACCUACAAAUCCAGUUUCAUUAGAGGCUGGAAACGGAAACGGACAGAAAAAAGAGGUGCCACUAACAGAAAGGGAGGAGGAGAAAGAUAAGGGAAAUGAUAAUAAAAACGUAAAACAUAAGAGCAAGGUAGAUGAUAAUGAGAAGAUAAAUAGUAGUAUAAUAGAAAAUGGGGAGGAAAAUAAGAAAAAAAAUGAGAAAGCGGCUGGUAACAAGGAAACAGCAGAAAAAGAAGAGAAUGAACAAAAUAAUACAGAAAUAAAGGAAAACACUACUAAAAAUGAUACUAAUUCUACGGAAACCUUCUUUACGUCAACGGUGCCAUCCACUGAGUACUCUUCAACUAUAAGGCCUAAAAGAAUUAAUUGUUCUGCGCCAGCCAUCGAACAAUUUCCGAGGCCGUUAAUGGGUCCCAAUGUCAGGAAACACGGUGGUCUUAUGAUUCAUCUUCUAGUAGCAGCCUACACUUUUCUUGGUCUUGCCAUUGUCUGCGAUGAUUACUUUGUUUCUAGUCUCGAUAGAAUUUGUGAAGAAUUGAGACUUUCUCCUGACGUAGCAGGAGCAACUUUCAUGGCCGCAGGUUCCUCUGCACCAGAAUUGGCAACGGUUGUAAUAGGAGUUUUCUUUGCGCAGGACGAUAUUGGGGUGAGUGGAGUCAUCGGGAGUGCAGUUUUCAACAUAAUGUUCGUGAUAUCUGUUUGCGGUUUAUGUACAACGACAGUUUCCAAACUCAAUUGGUGGCCUCUUUGUCGUGACUCCUUCUUCUAUGCUGUUUCAAUUUUAGUUAUGCUUGGAACAAUUUUCAAUGAGAUUAUAUCAUGGCCAGAAGCUCUUUUCAUGCUCAUCAUGUACGUAGUUUACUGCGUAGUUUUGUCGUUCAAUACUUCCUUGGAACGUUGGGCAAAGUCUUUAAACAUUCCCUUUCUUCCAAAAGACGAAGAGCCCGCUGAACAGAGCGCCUUAGUAACUUACAGAUCAUUACAAGAAGAAAGGGUAUCUUAUACUGCACCUACAAAUGCAGCCACUGCUCCUGUUCCAGUAGAUCCAUGGAAAAGUCCAGUAGAAAGUGCUAUGCAAGCAUGGGACGAUCCUCAGUCACAAGAUCCGUAUCAACAACAGCAGGAUCCGUAUCAAUAUCAGGAUCCAUAUCAACAACAGGAUCCAUAUCAGCAGCAGCAGCAGGAGCCUUAUCAGCAAGAGCAACAAAUUCAGCCGCAACAACAACAACAACCCCAACAGCAACCGCAACAGACGCCAGCUCCAAAGCCACCACAAUACUACAAAGCGAAAGAAUACGAUCCAAAUGAGGUUUCUCCAUUGGUAAAACCAGCUGAUGCUAGUAAAUUUCGAUUAUUUUCAUGGGCACUUGUCUAUCCUAUUCAUUACACGUGUAGAAAAACGAUGCCUGAUGUCCGACAAGAAAAGUACCGAAGGUUGUACCCUUAUACGUUUUUUAUGUCCAUGAUCUGGAUCAGCUUUUAUAGCUACAUCAUGGUCUGGAUGAUAACCAUCAUAGGUAGUACACUCGGAAUUCCUGACACCGUGAUGGGUUUGACUUUCGUAGCUGCUGGUGUAAGCGUGCCUGAUGCACUUUCGUCUCUAGCUGUUAUUAAGGAGGGCCUUGGGGAUAUGGCCGUCAGCAAUGCAGUUGGAAGUAACGUCUUCGAUAUUUUAGUUUGCCUUGGUCUUCCUUGGUUCAUACAGACCGCUAUCGUUAGUCCCGGGUCAUACGUCAACGUGACUAGCAGAGGUCUGACUUAUUCAACCUUAUCUCUUCUCUCGACGGUGGUGUUUUUGGUCGUAGCCACUCAUUUGAAUGGAUGGAAACUGGAUCGUCGGUACGGAGUAGUGCUGAUGGUUUGGUACUUGAUUUUCAUCAUCUUCGCUUCAUUAUACGAGCUGAAUGUGUUCGGCCAGAUGAACCCACCAGUUUGUCCCAGCCUGUACUAAUUUCACUUCACCGUGGUCUCAGUUUCGCAGACGCACUACUCAUAAAAUACGAACAGGUAUCUAAUAUAAAUACAGUUGAAAGUAAAUUCGAGAAGAAAACUCAAAGCCAAAACAAAAUAAGAAAAAUGAGAAAAGGGGAGGACGUCAGAAAGAAUGUGACCAAAAUUGGAUGGAAAGGAUGACAAAUUAUAACGAAGGAUAUGUAGAAUAAGAAAGAAUAAAUACAAAGAAGGAGCUGCCAAGGAAUUGAGCCACGCAGGAUCGGUGAGUCGACAAAAAACAGAGUUAGUCGAGUGGGGACAGUCGAGAGAGAGAAAAUAUAAAUAAAAGUAUUGAAUAGUUACUCUUCACUUCAUUUGCAAUUAAUUUAAGCAAGAACAUCAGGUACCAAGCUAGCGUAAUUGGAUGCUUCACAUACGUACAAAUAUACAUGAUUCCUCGAUCUUGCCGUGGCGCGGUUCACUUCAAGAAGUAUAUGUAAAUCCGUACCCCGAGGAUUGCUACAGGUCAGGGAACUCCUGAAUGCCAGGGAAUUCAAAGUUGGUCAGGGAAAGUAUGGCAAUUUCAAGGAAAAUCUAAAAGAGCCUGGGAAUUUUCGAUAAACUGAAUUUGAGUUUAAGGGCUCAUUUACAAAUUACGUGAGGCGUUUUCCUGAAAUUUAAAUUCCCCCCCUCGCACCCAUAAAUAUUCAGAAGAAUAAAAAAGGUGGGGUUUGCAAGAAAUUAUUUUGUCUUACGAUAAGAUUUUAGUUGAGAAAUAUUAUUUGUCUGAGUAAUAUAAUAAUUUGUAAAAUAGAAAGAUGAUGUUCAUUUAACAUACUUUAGACCAAAGAAAAAAUGUGGAUGUUGUUGAAGAUCCUUUAUUGUUUGUCCACGUUUCGAGAAAAAAUGUUCUCCUCAUCAGGACAAUCAUUAUUAAAAAGUUUUAUUCAAAUCAAAGGUUUAUAAAAACCUCAUCUCAUUCUCUUUUUCUCGUGAGCCAAAUUCUUGAGAACACUUCUGUUUAAUUGUUGAUAAUUAAAAUCCAUAAACUCAACUGAUUUCAUGAUAAUAAAUAUAAAAAAUAAUCAGUGAAUGAAACUUUUUAAUAAUUGAUUAUCCUGAUGAGGAGAAAAUUUGUGUUCGAAACGUCUACAAACAAUAAAGGAUCUUCAACAACAUCCAGAUUAAUUUAAAUUAAUUCAAAUAAAAAAUUAAUUAAUUGAAAUCAACUAUUAAAUCAAAAAGAUAAAUUUGUGUAGGUUUACUAUAUUUUUUAGUAAAAAUUUUUCUUACGUAAGACCUUGCAAGUGUCAAAUUCCACCCUUAUAAGAAGCUGUAAGAUUGUACCAACACUUCCAGAUCCCAAAUCGUUGUACUUAAUUAGAUCUUCUUGUUUUAAGGUUGUUUUUAUACAAGAAAUAAAAAUUUACUACGAUCAGGGAAAAUUAAGGAUUGGUUAGGGAAGUCAGGGAAAGGUAGGGAAUUUCGGAAUUGGGAUUUUGUGGUAACCCUGUCAAAUUCUGGACCAUAGUUACAUCUGAUAAAUGUAUAUGUAAUUCCCUUGAAAAUGUACUAGAUACUUUUUAGGAACGGUGUCUCCAAUUGUUCUGCUUGAUGAUCUACGAGGCUCAUUUAAGGGGAAACUGAAACAUCGAAAAUGAUUAGAAAGUUCCGCAAAUGUCCAAUCGUAUUUGUGUAAAGUUAAUGGAGGAAGUACCUUGAUUCUAGUUGAUGAUUUCAACGAGUGAUACCGAUAAGGUAUUAUGUUAUUUGCUGAUAUUCGCUGGCAUUCUGGAAAUUGAGGCCAUAGUAUUUUGAAGAUUUGAUAGCUUUAUAUAAUAUUGAAGACAGUCAAAUUUAAAUUUUCUGAUUACAACAGCUAAAUCGAACUUAUUUUUAGGUGAUGUUAAAAUGUCACUAAAUAUAAGGACUAAUUAAGCUUAAUUUAUCUAAAUUCGCAUUGCGUAAUAAUCUAACUAAAUUAUUUGCAUAUGUAUUCCAGAGGAUUCAAAAUUCAAAGUAGAGCAAAUUCUCAGAUUUCUUAAAUUGCAUUCAAGGCGAAGUCAAGAUGAAUUUUGUAGAAAAUCCAAAUCAGGUAUAAUGCAUUGAACCGAAUUAAUAUUAAUUCAGCUAAACUAAAAUGAAUUUAAUUGAAUUCUACUCAACUGAAAUAAACUGUACUAUUUCUGAAUUUUAUAGCCUAUUUCUAUAGCUGAGAAUUGAAGUACAAAAAAUAGAAUCAAUUGAAAUCUACAGAAUUUUAUGUGGUGACAUAAACUGAAGUCGAGUGAACUCAAUUGAAUACUACUGAAUCACACUGAUUUUAGUAAAUGCAAGUAAGUUAUAGUAUAUUCAAGUGAACUACACCGAAUUUUGCCAAAUAAGCUUGAAUUAAAUUAAAUAAGGACACAUUAUGAUGAAUUUGCUGAACAUAAAUGUACAUAGCUGAAUUAUACUGUGUUCGAGUGUACCUGGUUGAAUUGUACAGAAUUCAUGUGAAUUUUACAGAAUUUCAACAAAAGAAAUCGAAUUCGGCUGAAUUCCACUAAAUCUGACGAAAAUCAAUUGAAUAAUAGUAAACUGUGAUGAAUUCAAACGAAUCUAACUAAAUUUAAUUUAAUUUUACUGACUUAAAGUGUACUGACCUGAAUAAUACUGAUUUCAAGGUAAUUUUACAGAAUUCCAGUGUAAUAAACUGAAAUUGUUCAAAUUACAGUGAAUUCUGCUUAAUCUGAAUGAAUUCAAUUGAAAUGUAGUAAAUUGUGGUGAAUUACAGUAAAUAAAAUUGCAUUUAAGUGAAGUCUACUGAAUUCAAGUGUACUUAACUGAAUUAUAUAAAAUUUCAGUGAAAUGAGCCUAAUUUGGCAGAAUUCCAGCGAAAUCUACUGAAACCAAGUGAAUUCUGCUGAAUUCGCAGUACUCCUGGCGAAUAUAAGUAAAUUUAUUUCAAGAAAAUUCAUGCGAAUUCCAAUCAAUUAGAAUAAAGUAUAAAUUCUACUAUUUUAAAGUUAAUUUAGAAAAUCAAUUCUAGUGAAUUCAGCUGCAUUCGUGUAAAUUCAACUGAAGUAAACUCAAAUGGAUUCCAAUUAAAUUGAAUUAAUUAAAAGUAAUCAGGAUGAUUUAAACUCAAUUCUGAGUGAAAUGAGGUAGUAAAUUUCUAUUAAAGUCAAUCCGUAGGGAUUAAAUCAAUUUCAUCUGAUUUAAAAAAAUUGAAUCAAAUUCAAGUUCAACUUAAGUUGACUUAAGUGCAUCUAAUUGGUUUAAAAUUAAUAGAUAAUAUAAUCAAUGGGUUAAAGGAGAACAUUUAAAAAAUGUUUCAAAAUUCUAAAAAGAAAAAUUGAUCGGGAAUAUUUUAUAUGUAGACUGAAUUCAUUUCAAAUUUUGCGGGAUGUCCAUGCUCAAGUCACUGAAUUAUUUGCCACUCAAAUAUGCUGUUCUUCCAAGGUAAGUAGACAAAAGAAUUUAUUUUUUGUCUAAAAAAUGAAAAUUCACGUUUACUUGCCAAACCGACACUAGCUACUAAAAAAGUCAAAUAAAAAAAUUGUAUCUAUAAAAAAUUUAUAGAAAAAUAUUUCUUUACGCUCUUUUCUUUUUGGGUUAUUUUUGAUAUAUUCCAAAAAAAUGUAUAUAAAAUUCUUUAAGAUUUUUUUCUCAACAAUAUAAUUUAAUGGAUUUUUUUUAAUGUUCGUUUUCAUAGGAUCCUUUUAUCCUUCCUACCGCGAGCUCCGAUUUUUGAAACUGAAAAAUAUUUCUGUGAAAAUACAUUGUACCAAGAAAUUUUUUUAUAAAUUCAAACUACUAAAGAAAUGCGAACUUUCGUUUUUCAAAGUUAUUUCUUAUGUUUCAGACUCGGCCUGAGUAAGUUGGCUAUGAACAUUAUUAGGAAAACCACAGCCAUUUUGUCAAUUAAAAUUUUUUUUCUAAUUUUGGAAAGGAUUUCAAAAGUUAAAAAAUGUAAGAAAUGGUUCUCUGCCAUGAGCAUACAUUGCCUGAAUGAUUUAAAAUAAAUUCGUUAUGUAGAAUUUUUUAAUUAUAAAAGAAUCAAUUGCAGUUUGUUAUAUUAGAUAAGCAAAUGAUCAAUUGAAUUGAUCAUUUGCAUAUCAUUUGCAUGUAAUUGAAGUUGACAUUAUCACUACGUUUCAGAAGUGACCGUAAGUGGGUAAAUUUGAUAUUUAAAGAAAAAAUAUAAACUUAUGUUACUCGUUAAAUUUGAAUGUGCUUUUCUCGAAAAACGGGUUUUCAAACUUCCAACUUAAAAAAUGCCCCGAUUGCUCAUUUUUCAACCUAGAUCUUAGAGGGUUUGUUUUAAUACCCAAAAUAUUGAGAAUUCAUCACACUAUAGGCUAUCAUUGUUGGUCCUUUUUUGUGAAACGUCACAUAUUAUGUACCUGCACGAGCAACAGCUCGAUGCCGUUUAUAUAUUUAUAACGAUCGUUAGUCGUUUCCAAAGUAUCGGCAUCCAACGGGUGGUAGGAAAUCGAGAAAAUUACAGGCACAUUGUAACUUACUUAGGAAAAUCCCGAGUCAUUUUUAACAAUACAAAUUUUCCGGUUAAACGUCCCCUGAUUUAAAAUAAUUGGAAAUGAAAUUCUAAUUACAAUAUAAGACCAAGAAAUAAGCUCAGUUUUCAACAAAAUUUUUAGAGUAAAUAAAUGUUUAAUAACUAAAUACUUAAGGUGAAUGUCCCGAUAAUCGUCAUGGUCAUAAUAAUCGCGAAACUUGAUUAUAAGUUGAAUAUGUCGUUAAAAAUAUUUUUAAAAUAACAUUUAAUUAUCAAAUCCAUUUAUUUUUAGCCUUUUAUACUACAAUUACUGGGACGUUUACCUUAUGUUCAUUAAAUAAAAUUUCAAUUAUUCAAUAGUCAAUUUUGAAGUCAUUUUAAGGGAAGUUUAAUCGAUUUCAUUUGUACAACCUUUUAUAGUUUGUUUUAAUGCACCGUUCUUAACGACCGUCAAUAUAAAAGCGAAAAUAAAGCGCUAAAUUUUUUUAUAUCAAGUAGGAUCUGGUUUACUAUCUCAAGAAUCGAAUUUGGAACAUUCUUGAGUUCAUCAUCGAGGUGACAUUUUUUACCGGAGACUUCCGAGAUAGUUCAUCGCCUUAUUGGUUGUAAUUGAAGUAAUUUCUGAUGGUUUUUAAUGAUUUGUCAGAUUUUAUUAGAUAUUGUUGAAGUUAAAAGGAAAAUAUAGGAUAAAGAUUGGAAAAUGAAAAAUGAAGAAGUGCGAAGCUCUCGAUCGAAGUGAAAAGGCUCCUCAUGCAAUCGCGAGUUUUAUGUGUAUGCGAGAAGGACAAUAAUUACCGCAGCCUUAACCGAUGAAAGUAUCUACAACUGGAAGGCUGCGCGUUCCUUGAGACCUUUAAAAAAAUAUAAAACUAGAGAAUUUUUUUUUAAUUUUAGUUUUCACAGGAUCCUUUUAUUCUUUCGACCGCGAGCUCCGAUUGUUGAAACUAAAAAAUUCUUCUGUGAAAAUAUAAUGUAUGAAUAUUUAAAAAAAAGUCAAACCAGAAAAUUAAUAUAGUAUAUAUAAGUUUCAUCAUGUUACUGAUCUCUCAUCGACUCAUGUUUUCGAUAAGCGCAAUAUACUUCUACAAAUUAUAGUUUUUAUCUAGGUAUACAUGCGCAUAUUUUCUUCAUUGUUCAUCUUUUUCUUAUAACAGGUUGAUUUAAUUUCUUUUCUCUAAUCUUUUAUCUCUAUGUUAUCGAAAGUGCAAGUACAAAUUCACAUCUUUAAAAUGAAACCAGAAACAGUGUCUUACGUUUUUUUUAUAAGUUUAAGAUACCUAUUAAUUGUAGAUUGUAAUUAUAUUAAGAGCUUUUGUAAAAAAUAGAUUUGGGCUGUCAAUAGGAGGAAAUAUGUAUUUUGUUUCAAAAUAAAUAUGCUGAAGAUUUCAAGGAUCGCGCGGUUGCUCCAGCAUACGACUUAGCACAUAUGUAAAAAAAAGCUUAAGUCGUUAAUAUUUAACGUGUUAAUUAUUUCGUUAACUAUUAGUGAAUUUUAAGCAAGUUUAUAUUAUAAUAUUACACCGUUUAAAGUGAAUCUGGCCAAUCGAAAAUGUUCUUUAUGCUUCCUUGUAAGGCCUACCUCUUUUUAGAUUAUUUAUAAUAUAAGUGCGUUCAACGGAGAUUAGAAAAUAUAUUAUAUUACACAAAUAUUAGUAAUGACAAGAGAGAGAGUUGUAAAUUAGAAAAUAACUUCUACUUUAAACAAAGACUAAGAAAAAAAGUAGACUUAAUUAUGCCGUUCGACUAUAAAACUUAAAAGAUUGUUUAAAUCCUGAGGAACUAAAACUUUUUUGCCUGUUGGUUUUGCAGAUUGCUCUAAAAAUAUUGUUUAAGUUUGUUUAAAUUUUUGAAUCUUCCCCACUAUUUGAUAUCCUGUACUGAGACACGGCCUAGAAUUUCCGAGCGGUAAUUUUUAUCUAAAAUUAUUACAGGACUUUAGAAUUGUUUAUAGAUAAUUAAAAGAAAACGAUAAAUGUUUUCAUUUCUUUUUGUGAUUUAUUCUUCUUGGUCUGUAGAACUCUAAUAAUCUACGUUAUAUCCAAUGUCUUUCAAUAUUUUUCGUUAUUUUGUCGGUGGGCGCAAUGAAUUUACUUUUUAUGCUUCCGGCGCUUGAAGCGUUCAUCGAAAAAAAGCGUAUCUGCAGCAAAACUUAUGCAAAAAUUUAUGCAAUUCAAGUAUUAAAGAAUAUGAAGAACGAAAAGAUGUAAAGUUCCCUAGGUGAAAAAAUUUCCCUAAUUUUUUAAUGUAAGUGAUGUCAAUUUUCGAACCUUUCUCAAUCGAAUAAAAAGAAAUUAAGUGGAGUUGUUUCACCUGGAGAGAAAAGUGUCCCAUUGCAUGAACGAAACUAUAUACAUGUGAUCAGAAAAAAACUUGCAAAUAAGCGAGCAUUAUUAGGGAAUAAAUAUUCAUCGUUCCCCUUCGAAUGAUGAUUUCAGAUGUCAACGAAUAAGGUCCACUGAACAUAGGCUAUACAAUUCUUUGUAAAUUUGAUUACAAAAGAUAUAUUUUUACCUCUUCAUUCCUCUGUUCAAUCGGAUUAAUUCAGGAAUUGGUAUGAAAGUCAAUCUCUAAAUGGUAUACGUGUAAGUGUUUUCUAGAAAAUUAAGACCAUUAUUAAUUAAUAACGAUCAAUUUUUGUGUGUCCUUAUAGUAGCGUGAAAUCGAAGUCAAUACUUUCAAUUUCUAGAUUUAAAAAGUCCUUAAAUUACCAAUUUCUGAAAUGGUCAAUUCUUAGAUUAGGACAAUCCUCAGUGCUCAGGAUGGAAGAAAUGAAGUGAAAAAUCGACAAGGUCAGUUCUGAAGAAAAUCUUUGGAUGAUAGGAGCUGUUGUUUUGAUUAUAACUUGUUAAUGUUGAACCCCAUGACUUCCUAGACGUAACGCGAUGUACAAGUGAAUGUUGAUGUAUAUAUUUAUACAUAAAUAGUUGCAAACUUUUAUUAUAAUUUUAGGAGGUAGUUUGCACAGUUGUUGAUUGCGUUUAAUUGAGAUAGGGAAUUCAGAUUGACCCUCGUCUAAUAAGCGAAAAUAAUUGUUUUUAUUUGCAUCUUUCUCACGAAAGCGUAAAUCGAAAGCAACCUAAAGCGUCAAUAUAGUUAGUUGUAGCUUGUAAUAGUUAUGUACAUAAUUGUUGUAAUAGUGUCUUGAAAAUGGACAUAUAUAUGUAUACACACACAUAUAUACACAAAGCAUACACAUUGUAGCAGCUAAAAAACUAAUACAUUCGCAUCACGCACCAUUACAAAAAAAUGUACGUAUCGCAAAUGAACGAUUUAAUAGUACAGUUGGCAUUAAAGAAGAUGUGAAAAAGAGACAGUAGGUGUUAUGUAUUCCGAUGUACUUGAAAUGUUUAAACAAUAAAGCUAUUACUAAUUA